UCCCUCUGCUUUCUUAAACUGAAACUCUUAUCAAGUUAUUCUUGUUUCAUCAUCUUCUUCAGCCUUUCUAAAAUGAACAUUGUCAAGGGAUUCAGAUUUCGUCCAACUGAUAAAGAACUCAUAGAGUAUCUGCAGGAUAAAACCUUCGACCGUGAUUCUCUAGUCCAAGUUAUAGCUGAAGUCCACGACAUCUGCGAGUUGGAGCCUUGGGAAUUACCCGAGCGUUCGGCUUUUCAGACUGGGGAUCGUUUGUGGUACUUCAUGUACCAACCAAAAUACAAGUACCGCAAUAGUAAACGAAUUAGCAGGACCACCCUGGAGGGGUAUUGGAAACCUACGGGCAACGCUCGUAAAAUAAUUAAUCACCACACCGGGGAGGAGAUUGGUAGCAAGAAGACUUUGGUUUUUUAUAAAGGCCAAUGUAAUGACAAAAACAAAAAUAGGACUUGCUGGGUCAUGCAUGAGUAUGAACUCACAGCCGCUAAGCCAACUCAUUCUGACCAUAAAACUUUCAAUCUCUGUAAAUUGAAGAAAAAGGGUGAUAUUUCCAGUAGUACUAGUGAAGUUGGUCAAUCAAGUCAGCAUUCUCUUUCUAAUUUAGAACAUGUAGCAAGCAAUGCAAUGUCGGAGGACCUGCUAGACCUUAAAGGAUCGAGUGCGCCAGAAGCAUCUAAUGGCAGCGUCGGGAUUCGUACUCAAUCCAGCAGCGUUGAGACCUAUGCUGGAGAAAGAAGCCAUCAAAAUAACAUAAUUAAUGAGGACAAAGGCUCUAAUUUAUCCUCUAAUUCCAUAAAUCAUGUCGCAGAGGAAGUAAUUCCACAAGGCCAGUUACACCUUAAAGCGUUGUCAACAGAACCAAAUGGACCCCAUGACAAUAACAAGGUUCAAAACCUGUAUAGCACCACUAAACAGGACGAUGAGUCUUGCAAUUCAGUUCUCACUAACAAUGAUGAAACGGACCCAAUAGAAACAAGCAAUCAACAUAAUGCAGCUGUCACAGUCGAGAGCUUCGAAGUGCCCUUUAAUUUAGAUUAUCUUGCUCAUGAGGAUUUAAUUCCAACGGACCUGUUAUAUAAUGCACUUCAAGAGUUAUUAGAAGAGCCAGAGGCAACGAAUAACUCUAAUUGGAUUCAAAAUCAACAUAUCACCGACAUAGGAGAAGAUGGUGAGUUGUCGAAUUCAGGUUUUGCUGAUAAUAAUGAAGUCUCCCUUCAAGAAGGAAGCAGACACCAGUCCUUGGCUGCUGAAAAUAAAGGCUUCCGCUUGCCCUGCAUAGGUGUGAUGGAAUCACCCAUUGCGAUGGAGAAAUCUAGAAAAAGGCCUCGUCAUUAAUUUGAUGGAUUAAGCCAUGAUGUAGAAACCGGAGAGGCUCAACCUUGGGGAAAAGAACACCCCUCUAGUAGAAACAAAUCCAUAGAAUCUGAUUGCGAUAACAUAAUAGCAACAAGAAAGAACUAGAGAUGCCCAAGAGAAGAUUAGAAAUUCUCAGGUAUCUCAAACAUUGCAGAAUGUUGUUAUUUUGCGUUCUAGUUAUUGAAGAAUGUUCAGAAUGUAAAAUAAGAAUUUGGGAUGAUCCUACUUGUAACUAGAAAAUUGAUGAUAGCCCAUAGGGGUUUAGGGUUAUGUAAACAGAGCUUAUCAUCAGAAAUUAAAGUCCUCCAAGAUGUUGGUUUAGAAUAGCUUGAACUUAAAUUAUGUUGCUGCUGUCUGUUA